CCAAGAGGGAACACACGAAUUAUCAUAUCUGCAUCAAAUAAAUCCGAUUAGCGUCCGCCAGUUGACAUGCUGGGUACAAUAGAAGUUGUUUAUCUUAUUAGAGGCGUGUAAUAUUUCCGCGAGUGAGUCGGGUAGAUGAUAAAAUCAAUAAACGGUCUUCUUUAGAAUUAGUAUUAUUUGAAUUGCGAGAGGAAGAAGAUGUGUGUACAAUAGUUAGGAGUUUAUACUGUGACGUAUUUUUCGUAUUUUUCAACGACUGCUUGUGACAUUACAAAAAUGAAAUCUUUCACGGGACUGACCACUACAAUGUUGCCUAGCAACGGAACAGACAUUAUUGUAAACAAGGAGAUGCAGGUUGAGACGGUGAUCGUGAUUCUGUGGAUUUCGGGAGGAAUAUUACUGAUAGCACUGAUUAUACUGUUGGCAUGUAUACUGAGGACAAACAAGAAAGGCAGAAGACGUUCUAAUCCUUUACGGCCUGGUGUUUUUAGAGUACUGGAAAGUGCAAAUGGCGGAGUUAAUCCAAGCUACACGAGUUACGACGAGAUUUGGACAUGGAUUCCAGUUGUCAGGGGCGACGAAGCUUCAUGUCCUCCACGUCCGGAAACUUCACGUAAUGUAACCAUAUCACCGGCAGCAACGUCACUGGCGUCUAAUCUAGAACCACCACCAUAUAGUGUGGCCAUUUCUACGCCAUCUAGACCUCACAGCAUUCCACGCUAUUCAUCGGCAGCUAUGACUGUAUCCACGGCAACUACCUCGUCAUAUCCGGUUAGUAAUAUAACAUCUACUGUCUCGAUUAAUGGUGAAAGGUCAGGUCAAACAAUUGUUAAUUCAUGUUCUCCUGUAAUUAGCCCACGUGCUCAGAGAGAUAGGCAUCACAUAUCAACUCACAAUGCACAAAAUACAUUAACGUCCGGUCAAAUAUUCACUAGCACCCCUAUUUCAAGUCCUCGAAUUAACCAAAGAGUAAUGGGAAGAAACGAACCAAUCAGAAACCCUGUUAUGAAUUCAAACCAUGGGAAUAUUACUAGUAGUCAGAUUGAUAGAGCACAACGACCCCAUAGUUGUUAUGAACAGCCUAACGAUGUGAGGAGUCCCAUGGCUAGCAGACGAUCAUUGUUUGGGCCGGAAGUCAAUUCAAACUCAACUCGAUUGUAUAGCAGUCGGGAUAGAAUACACAGACAUGAUGUACAAACGGCUUCACCUGGCCAGGGAAAUGCUCAGAUUGAGACGCCACCUUUCACCUAUGAUCCCGAAGAGGGCGUUUACUCAUACCUUGCGGGAGGCCUUGGGCGACGGAUAUGGUGUGAUAUUCCCCCGAGUCUGUUAGACGAGGACGGUCCACCACCAUACACCCGCAAUGCAGAUCUUCGAAGUAGGGAAUACUACCAGAGAAGACCCCGAACAGAUCGACCUGCGCCCAUGGUUAGGCUUGAAUAUGAUUAUUUCUGACAACGACCGUAUCAUGUGACUUACGUGUGAUGCGUACGCAUAACACCAGGGACGCCAUUAGUGCCAAAGAAUUCCGAAUGGUGCCGAGACUAUGACACAAUACUCAAAUACAUGUGUUCAGAUAUUGCUAUAGUGCCUUAAAACGUAGUGCAAUUGUGUUUUUAUAUUUCAAUGUUGUUUGUGGCUGAACAAAUGUGUAAUAUGCUAGAGUAAGCUUAUGGUUUAGGCUACUAAAUGCAAAACUUUUGUGUACAAUCUUGCCAGUAAUUGAUAUAUUAUGUGUGUGAAGACAGUAAAAGUAUCAGAGAAGAGAUAUAAGAGAAAAUUAUAACCAUGUAUGUGCCAACGAUGUGUGAAUGUGUGUUGUGUGUGUGUGUGUGCCGGGAAAUGUAUGUGAUGCUGUUUUCUUUCCUAAUUCAUUGCUUUUGCAUUCUUCAUCCAAAACAUCCUACACUAUAUCGUAUGUAUGUGUCUCAUUGUUGAAGGCCGUAUAGUUGGCCAAUUGAAAAUAAUUCAACUUGGAUUAUCUCCCGUUCAAUAGAAAACAUGUCAGCUUAGAAUGCUUUAGAGUCUGAAAUUAUCUGUUAUAAAUUUUAUGGUAACAGAUUAUACCAUUUUUAUUAAAGUUAGUUGUUCUAUACAUUAUAAUUAUGGUGAAUGGUAAGGUAUGAUUCGGCGAGCGUAGGAGAGACUGAGCGAUACUGAUUAAAUGGUGCUGAUUGUAUAUAACUGAUCAAUAUGUAUUUUUUUUUAUGUUUUUAUCUUACAAGCAUAGUAAGAGUGUGCCGAAAGGAGAAAGCCAUCGGUUCUCUUUUUUAAAUUAUCAAUGUUUUUAAGGCCUAAGUUGCUAUAGUAAUAUUUUGUAGGAAAUUCUCAUCUUGUCAAAUGCAAUUCACUUGUAUUAUUUUUUACUAGUUCCAUGGAGAGUUGUAGGUUUUGGGUAAUAAGUUAUCUAAUCAAACAUUUUUUUUCUAUUUUUUUUUAAAUGAGAUUGAACGUGGUAGAUUUUGGGUAAUUACAAAUGUAGUCAAAAUUUAUUUUAAUGAAAUUUUAAACUUGAUCUAAAGUCGUAGUUUUGGGGAAAUGUAAAAUAAAGACGAAAUUUCUGUAAACGAAAACGAAAGACUUUAGUUUGAAUUGAUAACAAAUCUUUUAUUUUUGUUUAAUUUUAAGAUAAAAUUACUGCGAGACUACAGUUAGAAUAUACAGACUCAGUGAGCAAUAUAAUUACAUUAGAUGUAUAUGUUUCAUUAUACUACGUUAUUCUGAUUGGCUAACUGCACUUCACGUAUUAUUCCUGAAGCAAUUGCAAUACUCAAUAAAACUUAUCAUUCAUGAUAACACGAGGUCCCACAAUAAAGUGCACAGGUGAAUUAUUAACUAAAACAAAUAUAAAAUUCGUGUUUUCAAGAUUCUAGCUAAAAAGUGUAAUUAUAAGUUUUGCAUGCUUCUUUUUGUAACUUUAUAGGGUUGUAAAAGCGUUGAUCGUGCGCACAUUUUUUGAAUGAAGCGCUUCGGCGCAGCGUUCAAUUCUCAAAUAAACAUACAAGUAUCUAGUCAAUGAUAUUUACAUUGAAGCCAUGUCAGUAUUAUUAAUAACCUUAUUUAUAUGGAUCCACGUCUUGUUGUUAUGAGAGGCCCCUCAUGGGGGUGUCCAAGUAAUCACAUAAUCACAAAUGAUUUGCCAAUAUAAUCACAUAAUCAUUAACUAUUUGUUUAAACAAGUUAAUAAAAAAAUCAAAAAUAUAGUCCUAGAUUAUCAAAUAAUCACUCAAUCAUGAAGUAUAUUUUCUGGUAAUCAAGUAAUCACUCUAUCAUCAAGUAUAUUUUCUGGUGAUCAAGUAAUCACUCUAUCAUGAAGUAUAUUUUCUGGUAAUCAAGUAAUCACUUAAUCAUGAAUUAUAUUUUCUUGUUAUCAAGUAAUCACUCUACCAUGAAGUAUAUUUUCUGGUAAUCAAGUAAUCACUCAAUCAUGAAGUAUAUUUUCUGGUAAUCAAGUAAUCACUCAAUCAUGAAGUAUAUUUUCUGGUAAUCAAGUAAUCACUCAAUCAUUAAGUAGUUGUCUGGUAAUCAAGUAAUCACUCUACAAACGGCAUAGUAAUCACAUAAUCAAAAAAAACAUGAGGAGGUUCGUAUGAAGAAUAGAGAUGAAGACAACCCAACCCACCGAAACGUUCAUGAUGUUUUGAAAGGUACAUUUCUAUAGGGCUCGCCGCGAUAUAGCCUUUUUGUUGUUAAUGUCUGUGUUAUUUUGGUCUUUUGUGGAUAGUUGUCUCAUUAGCAAUCAUACCACAUCUUCUAUUUUAUAUUUUUGUAUUAAGUU